CAUAUUCCUGUCGUGUUGUAUGUAUGUAUUGUUUUAGCACUGUGAGUGAGAUUUCGUUUUCGAUUUCAAUUUCAAUUGCACUGCGCGAGGCGGAGAAGACCAACUGAGACAGUGGGUAGGGUCAGCAAUCAAUCUAGUGCAAAAAAAUGGCGAUGUGGGUAUUCGGGUACGGGUCGCUGAUUUGGAAAUCAGGGUUUCCGCACGACGAACGCGUCGUGGGUUUCAUCAAGGACUACCGCCGUGUCUUCUACCAAGGAAGCACUGAUCAUCGAGGGACUCCAGAAUUUCCAGGCAGGACAGUCACGUUGGAGCCUGCCAAGGGGGAAAAAUGUUGGGGUGCUGCUUACAAAAUAACCAGCAAGGAAGAUCAACACAUUGCUCUAGAGCAUCUUGAAGUAAGGGAGAAGCAAUAUGACAAGAAGGUUUAUGUCGAUUUCUUCACUGACCCUGAUUCUUCGACACCUGCUGUCUCCAAUGUCUUGGUAUACAUAGGAUCUGCAGACAAGAAGCUUAAUGUGAACUAUUUGGGACCUGCCCCCCUCCAAGAAAUUGCCGCCCAAAUAGCUGCGGCAACUGGUCCUUCAGGACCAAACAGGGAAUACCUCUUCAAACUGGAAAAUGCCCUCAAACAAAUAGGAUGUGAAGACAACCAUGUCUCCGAUUUGGCAAAUGAAGUCAGGCAAAUAAUCUCGCGAGGAUAAGCCAUCAAUCGGGUCAGGGAGGCGCUUGCUGUCUGUCAAUUGCCCUGUUUUUAAAAGACGUUCUUGUACCAAUUCUUCUCUCACUCAAAUAGACACAAUAAUGUCAAACUAUCGAGGAAAGGGAGAGGAGCUAAAAUCCCCUAGGAUUUGAAUACCUUGCUACUACUUUUACCUUCAAAUUUAAUGUGGGUGAGAGGUUAAAACAGAUGAAAAAGACGAGAAAGGUUUGAUAUUUCAUUCGACAGUCCGCAUCUUAGAAGUCACCAUUUGUAUAAAUGGCAUGCAUAUAUGUAUGUACCUUCCACAUUUAUUCAAAUAAACAAUGUUAUCAUAUGCCUUUUUGAAAUAUAUACACGAGAACGAAGCACAUCUUCAGAGGAUCAUCAAAGCAGCUUUGCUUGUAUGAUGGACACCGAGUAUGGCGAGCUUCAAUACAGCACCACCUUGGCACAAACUGCAAAAUUACAGAAGCUGAAUACAAUCAAAGCAGAAGUUAAAAUGAGGCAGGUUCGUUUCACAAACAAAUAAUAUCAUUAGAUCUAGAAGCUAAAAGAACAUAAAUAAAAAUUGAAACAAAAAUAAAAAGGAAA